AUGACCCACACCGUGGACAUCCCACCCCCACCUUUCGUCGGCCAUCGAGAUCCCCUCGAUGGCCCCAAGUACGUCAUGCUCUCCGAGAACAACUCCGUCGCCGGCGGUCCCCAGCACCCGCCCCUCCGUCCUCCCCCCUACCGCCGCUCCCUCCACGCUUACCUCUCCCAACGUCGCUCCACAAAGACGGGCAACUGCUGCCGCAGCUGUCUCUGCUGUUUCUGCUGCUUCCUCCUCGUCUUCAUCGUCCUCGUCGCUGCACUGUUGCUCUACCUACGCUUCACCUUCGAUCCCCAAGUCCCCUCCUACAAGGUCGAACACUUCGACGUCGAGGCUUUCGACAUUCAACCCGGCAACUCGAUUGUCUCGAUGAAGUUCGCGAUCACGGUGCGCGCCGUGAACCCGAACAAGAAGAUCGGGAUACGGUACCGGGAGGGGAGCUCGGUGCUGAUAGGCUACAAAGGGGCGAGGCUGGGCUCCGGGCGGCUGCCCAUUUUCUACCAGCGGCCACGGAACACGACGAAGAUGGUGGUGGCUAUCAAGGGGCGGAGUAAGGUCGGGGCUGCGCGGCAAUCGGCGCUUUUCGGCAAUGAGCAGGCGGGGGAUGUGCCGCUGCAUGUGUCCGUGAAGGCUCCGCUGGGGAUUGCCGUUGGGCAGACGGAGCUCGUCAAGGUGAAGGUGCACAUCGACUGCACGUUGGUGGUGGACAGUUUGGCGCCCGGGAAGAAGGUGACCAUCAAGUCAACCGACUACAACGUGGAUGUGAAACUCUAG